ACAUUUUAAAUAAUCCCCAAUAUAUGUAUAUAUAUCGAGUCCUUUUUAGCCUUCCUGCAUAAAAUUAAAAAAUAAAUCUUCUGGCCGGCACCAGUCGUCUAGCUAUGGAUGGCGAGUCUCAAGCUCCUCCCAACGCAAUCCUCCGCAAUGGAACCGCGUCUUCAUUCCGGCUGCGCAGUCCGAGCCUCAACUCCGUCCGCCUCCGCCGGAUCUUCGACCUCUUCGAUCGGAACAGCGACAGCAUGAUCACCGUCGACGAGCUCAGCGAGGCUCUCAACCUCCUCGGCCUGCACACAGAUAUCUCCGAGAUGGAGUCCACGGUCCGGUCUUUCAUCCAACCGGGAAAUUACGGUCUCCGAUUCGAAGACUUCGACGCACUCCACCGCUCGCUCAACGACGUCUUCUUCGGACCGCCGUCGGAUUCUGAUCUGUGCGGCGGCGAUGCCACGAGUUCGCAGGAGGAGAGCGAUCUGGCGGAGGCGUUCAAUGUGUUCGACGAGGACGGCGACGGAUUCAUAUCCGCGUGGGAGUUACAGAUGGUGCUAGCGAAGCUGGGAAUGCAGGAAGAAGGGAAGGAGAUGGAGAGAGUGGAGGAGAUGAUCUCGUCCGUCGAUCAAAAUGACGACGGCCGCGUCGAUUUCCGCGAGUUCAAGGAUAUGAUGCGCAGCGUCAUUGGUCGCACUUAAUUAAUACGGUGUAAUUUUUUUUUAUGUCCGCUCCUCAAGGCGGCGGAGCAGCCUUUUCUAUCAAAUCUAAGCUACACGCGGAAUACUCCGUACGCCGUAAUGUUUCUCCUAUUUCUCCUUCCAUUCUUCAUCAAAAUUCAUUGGGUGUGGAGCUCAAUGAGUGGAUUCAAAUGGAAUUAAUUAAAGAUGAUUGUAUUUU